AUGGAAGCAGCAAGAGCCGCCGUGCAGAAACUUACCGGCAAUCGGGGCCACCAUACCUCAGUCGAAGAGACUGUUGUCCCUGCCGUCACACAUGAAGCCGUCAAGCCUCACCGCCACGAGGAAGUCACCCAGGCAGUCGACCGUGAAGUGCAUCAACACCACUAUCAUACCACAGUGCAACCUCUUACCCACCAAGAGCGGCUCCCAGAGAAGCACACUCAUAAUAUCCUCCCGGCUGAACAUCGCGAGUUUCACCAUGACGACGAAUCGGCAACCAAGGAAAGGCUCGCUGCUGAGAUGGCCAAUUUCAAGAGCCACUCCACAACCCACGAGACCGUCCACACCCAAGCUGCAGCACCCACCGUGACUGGCGAGCACGUUCACCACCAUGUCCACGAGACCGUCGUCCCGGUUGUCCACAAGGAAACCAUCCAGCCUGAAGUUGUCCACACCACCAUCCCUGUCCACGAGACACAUCACGCUGCUGCUCAGCAUCACGGACUGUCUGCCCUGCCCAUGAAGACGCUUGACGAAUUCAAGGCGGCAGGUGGUGCCUUGGUUGGUGGUCACCACUCAAGCCAUGAGGAGUAUGAGGGUGCACCUCGUCCCUAUAAUGACAAGCUUGCCACGACCUUCGACAAACUUGAAGAAAAGUUCCACAGUGGUCAUCACUCCACCGGCACCACAACCGGCACCACUGGUCUCGGCGAUCACAACAAAGCCCAUCGUCCUACCGACUCCGGUGUUGGAGGUGUCGGCAACGAUCUUACAUCAGGAGGCAUUGGCAGGGAUCAUCAUCACCACGAGAACGGCAGCAGCGUUGGCGACAAGCACCUUGGGGCCAGAGGUGCUGGCCCUAUGGGCACCACCGAAGGAGCAAAGCCUAGCCUGGCUGAUCGGAUGAAUCCUCGUGUCGAUGCGGAUGGCGAUGGAAAACGCGGCUUCAUGGACUAG